AACGCAGCGAAAAGCAUGGACGAGCCAGCUGACAUCAGCGAGACGGAUCCUUCUCCAGCGAACGCGGCAGUGAUAGCGGUGGAGAGCGAAACGCAGCAGACUCAAGAAGAUGAGCCGCCAUCCGAGCCUCCAAAGGAGCCUCCAGAGGAUCUGCAAGAUGGAGUCCCUCACGAGGUCGUGCCUAGUAAGGCACUCAGCGAGGGAGACGAAGAAGAAACAGCGCAUAAGCCGAAAUCUGUUCCAAUUUGGAAGCUGUUUCGAUUUUCCACUCCGCUGGAUGUCGUAAUGAUAGUGGUGGGUGCAGUUAUGGGCGUGCUUUCUGGAGUUGCCCUACCGGGUCACUUUCUCCUCUUCGGCGAGGUCAUCAACCAGUUUGUUUACUACACCAUCGCCACGGAAACUAUCCGACCCCGCAUCAGCGACUUCAUCGACGCCCGGAACAACACGGCUUACCAGACAGUCGAUGACAUCGCCUGUAAUUCCACUCGUGCCGAUGAAGCCAUAUCGAUGUUAUCGGACAACGGAACACGGGUUUACCUGUGCACGGGAGGAGAUCAAGGAGGGGCUGUGUUUUCAGAGGUUUUGGGGUACAUUUGUGACCCGGCAGACGAACUACAAGCGCAGAUUGCAGUCUAUGCAUACUACUAUGUGGGGCUUGCACUGGCGGUUCUGCUUUCAACGUUCCUCGCUAAUGCCCUCCUGAAUAUGAGCGGCUACCGACAGACACGACGAAUGAGGCUGGCUUUCUUCCGGAACGUUCUCCACCAGGAAAUUGGAUGGUUCGACGUGACGGACUCGGCUGAACUGAGCACUCGGCUUGCAGACGAUAUUGAGAAGAUUCAGUCUGGAAUCGGCGACAAAGUGGCGGUGUUUCUCUCCUAUUUCAGCACCUUUGUCACUGGUUACGUAAUCGCCUUCACUCGCAGCUGGAAAAUGGCUCUGGUCGUCAUGACGAUGUUGCCUCUCCUCGCUACAGUGGGAGCCAUCAUGUCCAGGAUUGUGGCGUCAUUCACGGCCAGAGAGCAGAGUGCAUACGCUGCAGCUGGAUCAGUGGCUGAGGAGGUUCUGUCCGCCAUUAGGACCGUGGUCGCCUUCGGUGGAGAGAACAAGGAGGCAGAGAGGUAUGGAGAACAGUUGAAGAAGGCUCGAAAUGUGGGAGUCAAGAAAUCCAUUUUCACGGCAACCGCAGUGGGGUCAUUGUAUUUCAUCAUGUUCAACACUUUUGCCCUGGGCUUCUGGUAUGGAUCGCAGCUGAUUCUCGAUUGCGAGCUCUCUGCUGGCGACGUCGUCACGGUGUUCUUUUCCGUGGUGCUGGGGUCAUUCUCACUGGGUAAUGCUCUGCCAGAGAUACAGACAUUUGCCGUAGCCUUUGGAGCUGCUUCUGCUGUCUUUGAAGUUAUUGACAAGGAAUCCAAGAUUGACACUUUGGCAGGCGAUGGGGAAACCCCUGACGAUUUAUCUGGCGACAUUGAGUUCCGCGACGUGGUGUUCCACUAUCCGGCUCGACCGGACGUGCGGGUUCUGAAGGGGCUGAGUCUCAAGAUCAUUGCGGGGCAGACUGUGGCUCUGGUGGGUCCCAGUGGUUGCGGUAAGAGUACCACCGUCCAGCUCAUUCAGAGGUUCUAUGACACCGACGACGGCCAGAUAACAAUAGAUGGCCGAGAGAUCAAGUCACUGAACCUGAAGUGGUUGCGGUCCAACAUUGGCAUUGUUAGUCAGGAGCCUGUACUCUUCAAUAUGAGCAUUGCAGACAACAUCCGACUGGGGAAAGAGGGAGUGGACAUGGAUGGAAUCAGGCAGGCUGCGAAGAACGCAAACGCUCACAACUUCAUCUCGGCUCUACCGAAUGGAUACGACACGUUGGUUGGAGAACGAGGGAGCCAGCUGUCGGGAGGUCAGAAGCAGCGAAUUGCCAUAGCCCGUGCUCUGGUGAGGAACCCCAAGAUCCUCCUCCUGGACGAAGCCACCUCGGCCCUGGACACAGAGAGUGAGAAGAUAGUUCAGGAGGCUCUGGACAAGGCCAGGGAGGGCCGGACCACCAUUGUCAUCGCCCACCGACUCUCCACCAUUCAGACUGCUGAUGUGAUAGCCUCCAUAGACCAGGGGCAGGUGGUGGAAUGGGGCACUCACUCUGAUCUCAUGGACAGAGAGGGACUCUACUACGAACUGGUCACUGCUCAGACUAUUGGAGAUCAGGAGGAGGAGGAGGGUGAAGAUGGUAUAUCUGGCGGCAUUCCGAGCGGCAGUGAAGAGAGAGUCACAGAGCAGAAGUCAGUCGACGUCGGGCCGGCCGCGAUAUCAGUCCCAGCACUCCACAGCCUCCACCCAACAGACUCUCUUCUUCCAGCGACAGGACUCACGAACCGACCCAUUCCAGAGACAGGGCUCUCUGAGGUCUUCACUCAGGAGACAAGGUUCCUAUAGGAAACAGGCUUCAAUUGACGGAACCCUAUCCAAAUUCAGUAUGGAGGAUAUUCCAGUUGGAGCCCACCCCUCUCCUGCCCCUGGACGAGUCACCUUUGGUGCAGUGGACGUCGAAGCAAAGGUUGGGGACGAGGAUGGAAUUGUCGUGAAGAAGAGGAACUGGUGGUCUGGUUGGCGGAGGAGGAAGAGUGGGCUCAUCGAAGAGGGAGAGGGCGAGGAGGAGGAGGAGCUGCAAGAGGUGAAAUUGAGGGACCUGCUGAAGCUGAACGCCCCCGACUGGCAUCUGGUGACAACUGGAGUGAUAUCUUCUGCAAUUGUAGGGUGCCUCUUCCCUCUCCUGUCCAUCUUCUUCUCUGCGAUGUUGGAGAUAUUUGGUUCCGACAGUCGACAGGAGAUUCAGGACGGAGUCAGGAAUUAUGCCCUGGCUUUCGUGGGUCUCGCCAUCGCAGCCGGAUUCGCUAACUUCCUAGCGACCUUCACGUUGGGAGUGGCGGGAGAGAAACUGACAAAGAGGAUUCGACUCCGGACCUUCCAGGCCAUACUGAGGCAGGAGAUCGGCUGGUUUGACGACCACAGGCACUCCACGGGAGCACUCACCACUCGACUGGCUGUGGAUGCCUCGGAAGUCAAGGGGGCCACAGGACUGAAACUGGGGGUUCUGCUCCAGACGGUUAUGGGUUUCCUGACAGCAGUCAUCAUCGCGUUUGCCGCCUCCUGGGAACUCACCCUCGUCCUCAUCUUGUGUUUCCCUGUCCUCGGGGCUUUCAGCUUCCUGCAGAUCCGACUCCAGGCCGGCCGGACCGCCAAGAACAAGAAGAAGCUGGAGGAGAGUGGGAAGACAGCGGUGGAGAGUAUCGACAACGUGAGGACGGUUGCUUCUCUCGGGAUAGAGCAAAGUCUAGUGGAGAAGUACAACGGUCUCUUGCAGUACCCUUUUGACUCCAACAAGCGGAGUGUGUUCCUGACAGCGACUGUGUUUGCAGUUGCUCAGUCUAUGAUCUUCUUCCUCUACGCUGCCGGCUACGUCUUUGGUGCUUACCUCGUUGUCGAGGGGCGCAACAACUACGACGAUAUCUUCAGGACAUUUGCAGCAGUUGUGUUCACGGCUCUAUCACUGGGUAGAGCUAGUUCGUUUGCUCCAGACGCCAGCAAGGCCCAGGCCUCAGCGGCCAGGAUAUUCUCUCUUUUCAACAGGCAACCCCCGAUUGAUUCCACCAGCCCUGAUGGAGAGAGACUGGUGAGCCGGGGAAUGCAGUAUAGCACGUUUUGUGUGCCUGUACACGUACACACUGCGGUGGGGCUGAAUUGAGUGCAGUCUGCAGUUUACUAGAGCUAGAGAGUUCAAGAGUCAUAGAUGGUCAAGGAAAUGAAGCAACCAGUGAGCUCUGAGAAGCACAAUACAUUUGGAGAUUGAGGACCAUUUACAAAGAGCUAAACUGAACAUGAGUUAAUGUUGUAGGCGUGUAAGCAUUGGCACGGAUAGAUUUCUUCACCGGUCACCUGGGAUUAAUAAAAGAGUGACGGAAGGUGGGUAGGUAAUCCGAUUUCUUUGCUCCACAGGCGAAAACAUCGGGAGAGAUUGAAGUGAGGAGCGUCCACUUCCACUACCCCACCAGACCAGAGGUGCAAGUCCUCCAGGGACUCAAUGUGGAGGUGAGCUCAGGGAAAACGCUGGCUCUGGUGGGUCCCAGUGGGUGCGGGAAGAGCACCAUAGUGUCCCUACUGGAGAGGUUCUACGACCCAGAGUCUGGGAGUCUGACUCUGGACGGCAGUGACCUGAGAGACCUCAACAUCCGCUGGCUGAGGUCCCAGGUGGGACUCGUGUCCCAGGAGCCCGUCCUCUUCGACACCUCCAUCGCCGACAACAUCCGCUACGGAGCCAACUUCAGGGAGGUGUCUGACGAUGAGGUGGUGGAGGCUGCCAAGGCUGCCAACAUUCACUCCUUCAUCGAGUCCCUGCCUCAGGGCUACAGCACUAAUGUAGGUAGUAAGGGAACCCAGCUGUCGGGAGGUCAGAAGCAGCGAAUUGCCAUAGCCCGUGCUCUGGUGAGGAACCCCAAGAUCCUCCUCCUGGACGAAGCAACCUCGGCCCUGGACACAGAGAGUGAGAAGAUAGUUCAGGAGGCUCUGGACAAGGCCAGGGAGGGCCGGACUAGCAUCGUCAUCGCCCACCGACUCUCCACCAUCUACAAUGCUGACAGGAUCGCAGUUAUCCACAAUGGAAAAGUGAUAGAAUCAGGCACACAUUCAACUCUCAUGAGUGAAAAGGGAGCCUAUUAUCAUCUCAACACUGUGCAACUCAAAGACUUUGAUGAAGACUAACUCUUCUACUGACAUAAUUAUAAUUGACGUUUGGCGCUGCUUUCAGAACAUCACAGUACAUACCACAUGUAUCACCUUCAGUGUGGGUACAUGUGCUGAAUGAGUCACAAUAAUGUUUCAUGACUCUACAGCCAACAAUGUAAU